CAUCCAACCCAAGUGAACUUUAACACUCUGGAUCGACUUCACCGUGGAAUAACAGCAGCAGAGAGAAAAACUGUUUAAAUGUUUCCUCUCUCAGUUAGAUGACGUUUUUCUGUUGAUAUGAAGGCCUGUGGAUAAAUCAGUUUGACAACAUUCGAGGAAGAUGACGCAGAACAUGUUUCAGGAGGGGCUGUACCAUGUGUUUUUUAAAGAGACACCCUCAACCCGCCCACCGACCCAGGUCACCAGUCAUGCGGAACUAGUCAAUGUCAGGAUCCAUCGCUGGUUUGGGGCCGUGGUGAACACCAGACUGUUAGUCUCUGGGGUGGUGCAGAUCCUCAGUGCCUUGGCUUGCAUAUUAACCACAGUCAUCCAUGCAUGUGUGAGCUACAACUGCUCCAUCUCCAUGACAACACCGGUGUGGUCAAGCCUAUUUUAUGUAGCUGCCGGGUGUCUGGCGUUGGAGGCUCAGAGGAAAGCUAAUAAAAUGAAGAUAAUCACCCUGAUGGGUCUGAAUAUCUUUUGUCUGCUGUUUGGCUUCUCUGCUUUCCUGUCCGUCAGCAUCAGGUCUACAUUUCCUGCCACAUUAAGCACAACCCAACAGCGUGUUGGUUCAUAUGUUGCAAAGGGGAGCGCCAUAGCAUUUUCCGUGAAGUGUUUUCUGGCGUCGCUCUAUGUUCUCCUGGUGUCCUGGAGAGGCCUGCGUCGCUACAGUUCUCCCCACAAUCAGGCCUACAGCCGCGUCGCACAGGUUCCAGAUGAAAUUAACGGGCCUCUACUGGAACAAGAGGAACUGACUCUGUGAAACUGGAAGACCUUGGAAGUAACACACUCCUGCGUGCACAACAUUUAGUAAAACUCAAGUUACUGUAGAAGAUGAGGGUUUGUACUGGCUGGCAUGAGAAGCUUGUCCAGUCCUGAUUGAGGAAAUUAUUAAGACAUUGUGAAACAUAUCGUGUCACCUGACUGAUGACUCAGUGCCACUUCUCCUUUCAGACAAAUUGAAAUUCGCUUUAUCCAAACCAAGUGCAUCAGCAACGUUAAGAUAUGCAAAAAGCACACAAAUAAGAAAUGAUGUAUAUAACACACAAAGAUGACUUGUUAGAAUAAAUUAAGUGUUUUUAAAACUCAUUUUCAAAGACGCCACUCUGUGAUCGUCACUAGAGGGCAGCACUGUCAAUGAUUUCACAUGCUGCACUGUCUGAUUCAUAAACCUGCUGCCUGUCUGGAGUGUUAGAGGACAACACCGCUUCACUUCUGUCGCUUAACAUAAAUUAAAAAAAAAUAAAAUAAAAUAAGCAGAAGUUGUUUGGUGACUGCACAUCAGAGACUGGGUGCUAAUCGUGAAAAUGACGCACACUGAAAUGAGAAGGUGACCACAAGGAUCUUGUUACCAAAGUGUCAUAUAUAGCCUUACACACAGUAUAUACAUACCACACAGUAGGUGGUAGUCCACAGCCCAUAAUUCAUCACCAGAGGGAAGAACAAGUUUAUAAGGUUACAUAUAAGGUUAAAAAGGCCUUUGUAACUACAUAUUGGAGGUUAACAUCACUGUUAGAGAAUUUUAAUUACUAUGAGGAUACGUGUGCUUUACAUCAGCUGUGGGAUGUAUAUGGUAGAGGCUGUAUCUGACACUAGUGUCCAAGUCCUCUCAGGGUGUUUGUAAUAAAACCCUUGGAGUUAAAUGUGCGGCCAUAAUCUCUUCUAUAUAAACACAUUACCAGCAGGCAGGCCUUUUCAUGUAUGAUAGUAACAGUAUGAUGUGUGUAAUGUGAAUAUAAUGUUUGCAUCUACUGUGAAUAAAUGUUUUGGGUUUUUUUUUUUUAGUAAACUUGUUUCCGACUGUU